AUGCCUCCAUACCGCAUCUCAUCCACCGUCAACUGUAAUACCGACUUCAACAAAGAUCAAAUAGCUGGAAAAGUUGCCAUUGUUACCGGAGGCGCUAAUGGCAUCGGAGAGGCAUACGUAAGGGCCUUACACAACUCGAAAGCAAAGGUCGUCAUCGGCGACAAGAGUGCUGACUCUGGCAAGAGAUUGGCUUCCGAAUUAGAUGGAUCGAAGUUCGUUCAAUGUGAUGCAACCGUCUGGGAGGACCAAGUUCGUUUAUUCAGGGAAGCCGCUCAACUAUCUUCUUCUGGGAAGAUUCACUACGCGAUAGCCAAUGCAGGGAUGAUUAAAAGAGACCAGACUUUUACUUUUGACGGUAAGGACCAAGAACCGCAGAAGCCAGACUUGCAGGUUAUCGAUGUAAACUUGAAGGGGGCGCUUUAUACGUCAAAGCUAGCCAUGCACUAUUUCGUAUCCCAGAAUGGCACUGAAGUCAACGAGGACCAAGAUGAUACCUGCUUGAUCCUUAUCAGUUCAGGCGCCGGCUUCCUCGACGUCCCCAGAUGUCCAGAGUACAGCAGUACGAAGUGGGCGGUCCGCGGAAUAAUGCAUGCUCUGAGAAGAACAUCAUUCUAUUAUAGAAGCCGAGUGAAUGUUCUUGCGCCAUGGUACAUACGCACGGGUAUCCUGUCGAAAGAUCAAUUCGACCAAGUUGAAAACUCAGGCGUUGAGUUUGCGACGGCCGAAGAUGCUGGUGAAUGCGCGCUGAGGAUCCUAUCUGAUACCAGUAUCAAUGGAAAGACGCUCUUUGUCUGCGCGCGGAAAUGGGCUCCUCGCGGAUACAUGGAUCUUAAUAUCGAGGAUUAUCCUGAAGGUUUGAUCCAGGAGAUACAGGAGGAUCAAAUACGCAAUGCACCUGUUGAUCUUGGCCUGUUUCCAUAG